AUGGCACAGGCAGGGCCAUGGCUCCCCGGGCAGGGCUCGCUGCUGCGCGCCACUGGCCAUGGAGAGGUGUGGGCAGACUGGAGCCCGACUGCCAAGUUUGCACAGUUCGGCUGGAGGUGCACCACCAACGAAAGCAGUUAUUCGCACAAAACCCUCAUGGGGAACUGGAACGAGGAGCGAUUCAAUAUCCAGAAAGUCGUGCAGCCCAAGCCCCUUGCUUCCCAGUAUUCUCACUGCUUUGAAACGACUUACUCUUCAGAUUUCGACAAGGGAAAGCAUCAAAUAACGAGAAGAUUUAAGCGAGAACCUCACUGGUUUCCAGGCCACCAGCCUGAGUUGGAACCGCCUCCUUUCAAACCAACUGAGCAGUCCUGCUACAUGAUCGACUACAGGCCUCCAUAUGAGAGCAUUUCCUUUGCUGACGUCCCAGGCUCAGAGAAAGAGGAGGAGGAUGCGGAAAAAAUAACAGCAAAGCUACAGCCUGUGCCUCCAGAGUGA